AUAAAAAAACCCCUUAGAAAUAUUGCACCGAACGCCAACUAGAUAAGAGGCCGAAGUGAAUAGUGAAUAGAAAGAGUUAGAGCAGAGAGAUGUUUCCUGGGUUCAAAUUUCUAUCAAGAGCAGUGCAUGAAGAACUAGAAAGUGAGCAUGAUGGGGAAAGAAACAAGUACCCUUUAACAGAAGCAAGUUUGUGCACGUCCCUCACACUAACAGUUUGGAGAAAAUCCCUUGUGAUUAGUUGUAAAGGAUUCACUGUCAUCGAUUCAUAUGGAAAUCUGGCGUAUCGGGUUGAUAAUUACAUCGUGCACCCCAACGAACUCAUUCUUAUGAACGCUUCAGGAAACUCUCUCCUCACCAUGCGCCGCUCCAGGAAGCUAGGAUUAGUAGAUAGCUGGUUUGUGUAUGAAGGAGAAAAGGGGAAGCAGGGCAGGAGUAAGUCAAGAGAGAGUCCAGUUUGUUGUGUGAAGAAGCGUGUGAAUAUUUUAGACGGAAAACCCAAGGUUCAGGCCUACGUGUACCGCGUAGCCUCGGAUUCAGAUAAACGACAAGCGGCGUUAACGGUUGAAGGUUCCUAUGCACAUAGGACGUGUAAAGUGUUGGAUAAGUACAAGAGGGCCGUAGCUGAAAUCAAGAGAAAGGAGGCCAAUACCAAAGACGUCUCUUUCGGGAUAGAGAUUUUUCAGUUAGUUGUUCACCCUGGCUUUGAUCCUACCUUUGCCAUGGCACUCGUUUUACUACUGGAUCAAAUGUUUUCAUAAUACUCUUCAUAGAGUAACACAUUUCUAGUCUCUGUAUCAGUAUACCAUUUUCCUCGAACGGCACUGUAAAUCAGCACACGAGAGAUAUAUAAAAAGAGAAAAAGCAUUGAAAUACUAUGUUUAGUUUUACAUCAUCCAACACUAAACGCGUGUCAAGCAAGAAGCUACAGAGACAGACAGUAGCUUCCACAUUUUUUUUUCAUUUUUAUGUGGAAAAGCUGCUGUAGUAAUGUCACAUACAUUCACUUCGUGGAACCAAACAUGUGGUUAAUCUGUCAAAGCAUAUGUUACUAAUGUUAGGAUGAAUUCAUUUCCUACCUAUGCUUCAAGAGGCUGACUUUGCAAACAGUUCAAAUCAUCAGACUGCAUCCUCGCUAUAAAUGUAAAAAGAACGAAAACCUUUUCAAUUCAAUACAUAACGAAUAAAUAAUACAAGCCUUGCCCAGCAGCACAUAAUGCAUGAGGAAGGAAUUCUAU